AUGAGUUCUGACAGAGAGGAGUAUGACAUGGUCUGUCAGAGAGCUGUGACCCUAAUUGUUGACCUCUGCCUGCACAACAGCACAUCGUUGGAUCAGGACACCUGUCAGGAUUUCCUUUUCCUAUUGUCUGGCCACAGCUCUGACCACAAAGAACCGGACGCUACUUUUGGCCUCCUGCUCGGUGUGUUUGUGGUCUGUGGCCUGGCAUUCCUGGGACUUCUUACAUUUGUCUCCUGGAAGCUGUGCUGGGUACCUUGGCGGACUAAGGCCCCCUUUCUCAGUCCAUCCCUCAGCCCGCCCCUUGGCCCACAGCACUGCCCGCUUCAGCCGCCACUCUUGUUACCCAGCCCCCAGCAGACGCCAGUCACCAUGGCAACAGAGAAGGUGAAGGACCCCAUGGGCUCGAUUGGUUUCCUGGAGGCUGCGGUGAAGAUAAGCCAUACCUCUCCUGACAUCCCCACUGAUGUGCAACUCUCCAUGAGGGAGCAUUUCCUGCGCCGCACACAACGCAUGCAAAGGCAAACAACUGAACCAGCUUCCUCCACUCGGCACAACUCAUUCAAAAGACACCUGCCUAGGCAGAUGCAGGUAGGCAGUCUAGACCUAGGAAAUGACUACAUGGUGGACAAGGAUGAAAAGCCCACUAGCAUCGGACGUAUCCAGCCAGAGCUCUACCAACAGAAGGUCCCAGAAUCAGAGGACUCAUCCAACGACAGCAGCAAAAACUGUGGCAAGAUUAACUUCUCCCUCAAGUAUGACUAUGAAAAUGAGUCUCUCCUUGUCAACAUCCUCAAGGCAGUAGACCUGCCAGCCAAGGACUUAUGUGGCACAUCUGACCCUUAUGUGAAGGUCUACCUGCUGCCCGACCGCAAGAAGUUCCAGACUCGCGUCCACCGGAAGACACUCAACCCCACAUUCAGUGAGAGCUUCCAGUUUCCUGUGCCUUAUGAUGAGCUGGCCGCUAGAAAGCUCCAUAUGAGUGUUUUUGACUUUGAUCGAUUUUCACGGCAUGAUAUGAUUGGUGAGGUGGUGAUGGAAAACUUGUUUGAGACGUCAGACCUCUCCAGGGAGACAAACAUAUGGAUGGACAUCCAGUAUGCCACCAGUGAAAGUGUCGACCUUGGAGAGAUCAUGUUUUCACUAUGCUACCUGCCCACUGCAGGCAGACUCACACUUACUGUCAUCAAGUGCAGGAACCUAAAGGCCAUGGACAUCACUGGAUACUCAGAUCCCUACGUGAAAGUGUCGCUCAUCUGUGAUGGGAGACGUUUGAAAAAGAAGAAGACGAGCAUUAAAAAGAACACCCUGAAUCCCACCUACAACGAGGCCAUCAUCUUUGACAUCCCACCGGACAGUAUGGACCACGUCAGCCUGCACAUCUCCGUCAUGGACUAUGAUUUGGUAGGUCAUAAUGAGAUCAUUGGUGUGAUGAGGGUCGGAUGCAGUGCUGAGGGACUUGGCAGGGACCACUGGAACGAAAUGCUGGCCUAUCCGCGGAAGCCCAUUGCACACUGGCACCCCCUGCUGGAGCCCAAGAAAUCUGAGAAGGAGUGGAAGGCGAGGACAGCCAGCUUUGACAGCCAGGGCUCCUGCCCUUCACCCAGGCCCCCAGCCAGUCCCUGAGCAGAGCCACCUGUGACCCAGCAGCCCAGAAGGGGGUUUCCGUCCUCCUGCUAAACCACUUCCUGUCUGUCUGAUUGAGGAGAAAUACAACCCCAGCGUGUGUCCCUCUCCCACUUUCUCCCUCUGUUUCUCCCUUCCUCGAGUCUAGUCCCAGAGCACUCCCAAGAACUGAUCUCGGACUACCGUCCAUCAGUUAGUUGUGUAAAACCAACUCUGUUUUCGGGUAAAAAUUUAGGGUCCUCAAUUUCAAACGUGGGUGUUUUGAUGGCCCGAAGUCAUUUGGCGGACAUGCAGUCUGCAGAUACUGAGCCGUCUGAGCUGAGACGAGCUGAUUCUGGUGUCCUCACAGGAGACUUUUUAAACACUGAAGAUUCAACAUUGCACUGCAGAGACGUUUGAUGAAAAAAAAAGAAAAAAGCUCAGUGGGAUAUCACUCCUUGAAAGCAGUGGAGGUUUCACAGAGGGAAGCUGAGGACAUGGCCUCAGCAGAAAAGGAGAAGACCUUAAGAGAUCUGAAGCUUUUUCAAAACUCUACAGCUGUAUAAGAAUAAAUGAUGCUGAGUGUAGCAUUUUGGAAAUAUUAGAUAUAAAACCACUCCACCAUUCGUUAUUGUUUGUGAUGCUCCAGCUGAGUUUGCUGUACUUCCAGUUUCAUCACUAACAGAAGCAAUUAUCAGAUCUCCAUCUUACUGAAGAGAGGCUGAAUCAGACUGAAACUAAUAUAUUGUCAGCCUGACAAACUGCAGCUUUGGUGUGUUUUCAAAAGCAGACAUUUCACAUGACAAAGAAGAAAAGCUGCAAGAUUAUUGGGCUUCACAGCAGAGCAAAUUGGCUGCAUUGCAGAUUUUUUUCGGGUCUUUGUCCAUUUUCAGCGCAAGAGGUAGGAGGUUAAAUUACCACACAAAGGCACAGCCAGAUUUUAAAAGACAAAAUAUUAUUUUGACACACAAACGUUUUCACAGAGGGAGCUGCAAAGGUUUCUGUAAACAGUGAAAAUGCGAGCACACUUUACACACCCUUACCUCUUUCUCUGUUUGAUGUUGCAAUCUCACCCUCUUAUCCAGGUGAAAACUCCCACCAACGCUCAUGUUUUCUUUCAGAGAAAAACACCUUUCAGAAACACUUUUGUCACAUAUUGUGUUUUUUUAUGUUAUUUUUUUCAUCUGAUUUUGGUGGAUGUGUAUAGCUUUAUGUACAGGCAUCUGCUGGUUACCAUAUGUAUGUUUUAUCUAAACAGAAAAAAACAGAAGAGAAAUAUAAUGAUAAGGCUAGAUUUAAAAAAUGACUUUCAUUUAUGUAGCCUUGUUGGUGGUAAGGAUUUAAAAUAUUAAAUGAAAAAAACAACUUUCUUGAUGUUUAUGCUGUCUAAUUAUACUGCUGGAUUCACUUACAGGGAUAAAUUAGGCUGGAUCUGUAAUAUGUGGCAUUUGGAGGAUAUUUGAUGUGAGAAAAUGUUUGAUCUGUAUCAGUAUUAUUAAUUUGAUUGGUCCCUGGUAAUUAUUGGCUCUCUUUACAGUAACUCAAGUUUUAGUUGGAUAAAAGAUGAUGGAUGCAGUCUGCGUAUCUAUGGAAUAUACACCUUUGAUAUGUUUGAUACAACUGCCUUUUACUCCAGACAUCAUACCGAGUUACAGUUUUGAACGGAUCGUUGCAUUGCUUUAUCGUACUGACUUUACAGACUAGCAGCUGCAAUGCUGCACAAGUGACGAUGAUGCAAUUUCAGUCAAGCUCCCUCAUAACCCUUACAUACAAUGGAUACUAAAUUUGUGUAAGUUUAAUUAAGCACUUACUUGAACAAGUUAUGAACUCGGGUUUUUUUUAUAUCCAAUUAUGUUAAGCUCAUAGACUGUAUAUAAAAGAUGUCUGCAGCCAACGUGAUAUGACCCUUUGGUUAAUAAAGUCCUGUUGUGAAGCUUUAA